AUGGUCAGACUGACUGUUUCCCGCAGACUCUUUUACAACACUCACAUGGUCACCAUCGAAGUCGGCAUCGAGAAGGAGCACUUCGUCGUUCACCAAAGCUUUCUGUGCGCAAAAUCACAGUACUUCUCCAAAGCUCUUUCCGGCUCGUUUCAAGAGAGCAUUACACGCUUCGUCCAGCUGCCAGACGUCUCGCCCAUCAUUUUCAAGAUUUUCGUUGCCUGGGUUUAUCACGACACACUUUCUUAUCUCCCAUCGGACGAAAAGACAAUCGAUGAUAACAUGACGGGACCAUCUACACCUGCUGCCAUGCCGGAGAACUCAAAUCAUGACACAUCCUCGACUCCUGCAUCAACCAGGGAGUCUACUUCUCUUCGCUCUCAUCAAUACAAAGAGGAGGACCCUACUACCUGGGGCUGCGAUGUUCUAAUCAGAAUAUACGUUUUCGCUGAUCGCUUCGAUGUUUGUCAGCUCAGGACAGCUUCACUGGACGCUCUGAUUGACGGCUCGGGAGUAAUCUGGGAACCGAUAUAUGUUCGCUACAUAUACCAGAACACGCCUGCAAAAUCAAAGCUCAGAGAAUACACAGUUCAUAGCACAGCGUACGAGGGCAAUCUCGCGCGCACAGAUAUCCUCGAGUGGGAGGCCUGCCCUCAAGAGUUCUUGGUCGCCGUUAUGUUCAUCAACAGCAAAAGAUUGCCUCCUGAUCAGUGCCGUAAAUGCUACAAGAGAGCAUUGAGCUAUUGGGACUCAGAAGACUCGAUGAGGGGCGAGUUUUCAAUGAAGAAGGACCUUCGUCCGUACGAGAGAGACAGGUGCUACUAUCAUGAGCACCUUAGCGAAGAAGAACGCGAGGCUUGUCGCAUUGGUCGUGAAGAGGGAAAGGACUCAGAGCUCAGGUGA